UCGACUUCUUCGCCACCUCCUACAAGACGACACUGGUUCUUGUGGGUGUACAACUUGAAACUUCCGAUAUCAAAAUACAUUCACAGACACACAUAUAUAUGAGCUUUAGGCAACAGAAUAAUCAUCUCAGAGCAUAUUCACAACACAUAUAUACGUACUUGUGUUUACUGGCUAGGCCUAUAUAUAUAUAUAUAUAUCCCUCGUCGGUUUUUUUUUAGACCUGAAUCAUGGUUUAUACACAGCCGUAUGCCUCCACCUCCGGUGCCGCCCCUACCACAUCCGCACCGCCUUACCCAGCGCCGAUGGCUGUGGUGGGGCCACAGUAUUGUUGUCCAUAUCCAGUGGACCUAGCGAUUGUUAGAAAGGUGCUCACUGUUGCCGAUCAGUUCACCGUCACGGACUUAAACGGCAACGUCGUUUUCAAGCUUCGAGCUUCUGUUCUAACCCUCCAUGACCACCGUGUCUUACUUGACGCUGCUCAGAACCCCGUCGUCACUCUCCGCAGGAAGAUCAUGACAGCACAUGAUAGAUGGCAAGCUUUCAGAGGAGAUAGCUCCGACCCCAAAGAUCUCAUCUUUACUCUGAAACGAUCGUCUCUGAUCCAAUUAGUUAAGACCAAAUUAGAUGUGUUCUUGGCUUCUAAUACAUCGGAACAAGUUUGUGACUUUAAGAUCAAAGGAAGCUGGCUCGAACGAUCUUGUGUUGUUUAUGCUGGUGAAUCUAACAACAUCGUUGCCCAGAUGCAUAAGAAGCAUACAGUUGAAAGCGUUAUGUUCGGGAAAACAAAUUUCAUGGUGACAGUGUAUCCCAACGUGGAUUAUGCUUUCAUAGUGGCACUCAUUGUAAUUCUGGACGAGAUUAACAAAGACAGCAAAGGAGGUUCAUCAUCAAUAACCGAUGAUUUAUUCAUGUCGUAGGUUUUAUAGCAGAUUGUGACGUGUUGUGUUAUUCAUUGGAGCAUUAUUUUUAUAUAUAUAAUGAAUGGGUUGUGUGUAUAUUUUCAAUAAUUCAUUUAAAUUUACUGCCUAGCUGUUAGCUCUUGUGUUCGAUUCCAUUCGUAUGUAACGUGAAAUGAAAUGAGUGUUUACAUAUUGUCAUUCACUUGUCUUGUUAAAAAAAAAUUUCUUACGUUUUUCAGCAA